GCAUCAGUAACUCAGCAUCAGUACUACCAAGCCAACCAACAACCACCAAACCUCAGAAAUCAACAUGAAGUUCUUCCAAGCCGCCGCCCUUCUCUUGGCCAUGUUCGCUGCCCUCGCCAACGCCGAGCCCGUUCCCCAACCUGGAACCGUGCUCAUCCAGACCGACAACACCCAGUACAUUCGUACUGGUUAGGAUUAGAGAACCAUGUUGACCCAACAUUUGACAUUUGCCUAUCCAUUUGGACUUUUGAAUAAAAAUUUUAAAAUUACCUAAACUCAUUUUUAUUAUUUAAUAUAUGAUUAAUAUUGUAAUUUUAAAAUGUAUGAAAUUCUAGUGAACAGAGUACAAAAGUCAAAAGUACAAAAAGUCACUUCAAAGUCAGUGCAAAUUUCGUCAUUAAAAAACAUUUAUAAAAAUAUUCAUAAAUCAAGUUAUCUAUUUUAACUUUGAUGAUCAAAAUAUGAGGCAUUUUAGCCCGUGCAAUAUUUAGUAGUAAUCAAAAGUGUGCAAACAACAAAAUUUAUAAAGUCAAGAACCUUUUCAAGCUACUUAUAAAACACUUCUCUCUGUUUUGGCAUUUUUUUUAAAUAUAUUUAUAUGCCAGCUGCUCUAAAAUUACUAAAAUAUGCACAUGUAUAUAACAUGUAUUUAUUUGUAGAGUGUUUAAACUUUCUGAUUGCUUUUCGUAAACAAUUUUAGUUAGUGGUUGUCACGUGCCAAUAACUGGAAAUUAUCGUAAGAAUAAACAAGUUGUAAGCUCUUCUUG